AUGGAUCCACCAAGAUAUGAUGGGACCAUUCAUCCAGAUGAAUGGAUUAAACAAGUUAGAAUAUUUUGUUAUUUUAAACAAAUAACGGAUGAACAAGAAAUAGUGAAAUUUUGUAAAUCCAUGAUAAAUUCAACGAUAAAUAUUAAAAACUAUUUCGAAGAAAUUAACACAUUUACGUCACUUUCAAAUGCGUUAAGAUCUCACGUAACAUUUAAGAUUCUUAAAGAUUCAUGUAAAAGAAAAUUACAAUCGUUAAAAUUCAUACCAGAGAUUCAUGGAGGGGAUACGGCGAAAUUUAUCUCAUACUUUAAUAAGAAAUGUUUUGAUGCGGAAAUCAACGAUUUGGGAGAACAAAAGAAAUUAUUAUUUUAUAGUUUGUCUGAUGAUUUCCUUCGUAAAGAGUUUAAUAAACGAAUUCAUGAUGUUAAAUCAAAAGAAAUCCUUUUACAAUCAUUUAACGAUAUCGUAAACGAAUAUUCUAGAUUAAUAAAGUAUGGUAGUUGGGUCACCAUAAGACAUGUUAGUACUGUAAAAUAUUUGGCGACUUGUAGUGAAAAGUAUCUUACGGGUUCAAGAGGACAGAUAAUAUUUGGAACGAAUACAUUACCUGAAACGAAUGCAACAUGGAAGCUUAAUUAUCCAUUUGGACAUCAAGCCAAAACAGAUAAGGAACAGUUGGUACUGUAUGGAGAUACGAUCAGUUUACAAAAUCAAUUUGCGGGAAAUAUGUUAUGGGCGUAUCCCAAUUAUAAAUCUCCAACUUCUGGUCACGUAGAAGUUAGUUGUUAUUCGAUGAAUCAAUAUAAUAAUUGGAUAAUUAGGCCAAGCGCUGUUAGUAAAAAGCCCAAAGAAAAUGCAAAAAGAUAUUUAAAAUCAGAAGAUAAAGUUAUUAUUGAGAAUGAGAAUAAUGAAAAGGUUAUGAUUUUACACAGUCAUGAUAUUAAGUAUACCUUGGCACAAGGUGGUGAAACUUCAAAAUUUAUUAAUACAUUUCGCCAAUUAUGCUAUAAUGCCGACAUUAACGAUAUUGAGGAACAAAAGGAGUACUUUAAACAAACACUUUCAUCAAAUUUUUAUUUAUAUGAUGAAUUUUCUAAGAGAAAAGUAAAAAUUAGUUCUAUAAAUGAAUUGAUUAAAGAAUUUGAGGAAAUUGCUAUGGAGGAAUCUAAUAUAAUUAGAAAUGGAUCUAUUGUAGCUUUAAAACACGUUGCUACGGGAAAAUAUUUAAGUUCAAUUAAAGGUUUAAAUUAUACAACUGGAAGCAAAAAUCAAUUGAUAUUUGCAAAUAAUUUGCUUGAUUCGAAUGCUUUAUGGAAAAUCACAUUUAGCGGUAAAGAACUAUCUUCAUAUACCGAUACUAAUAUAUAUUUACAACACAAAAAGUCUAAUAUCUUUCUUGGAAUUUAUAAUGAAGUUUAUAAAUCUCCAGUAACUCAGCACACGGAAGUAAGUUGUAAUCCAAACAACAAUAUUCAAUGGAAGUUUGAUAAUAGUAAAUUAGAAAAUGGUCAAGGAUAUUUGAAAUCAAAUGAUAUUCUUAAUAUUAAAAAUGUUAAUUUGAGUAAACAUUUUUUACGUAGUCAUGAUUUUCAAUUUACUAUUAAAAAUGAUACUUUUCAAGAAGUUGUCUGUCAUAACGAAAGACUAGGUGGAAAUGAUGAGUGGUGGUGUAUUGAACUUAUUGAAUGA